AUGAUGGCGGCGCCAGUCUCCUCCAUCCCCCAUAUCUCUAAUCUAGCCACCUCUGGGGAAUCAGAGAACGAAAAGGCGCCCACCAUUCGAUUCACAGGCGUUGAGGAGCUCUUCCGGGAAAUCAAUCGCGUAUCCGGAGAUUUUCUUGUUGUCACACAUGUCUCGCCUCACGACUUUGACCAAAUCGAUCGUCUAAGAUGCCAAGCUCGCCCAAAGGGCCGAAAAUUCCGCCUUCGCCGUUAUCACGCUGAUGCAGGUAUCCUCGUUGUCACAAUCCCCACCGAGCUUCAUGAAUCACUCCACAUUCAAUUAUAUGAAGGAUUCCGCGAUCAGCUCGUCGAAAGUGGUAAAAGCGACUCCAGUGGUGGCCCAGAUCCUGAACGCGCUUCCAAGGGCGCCUGGCCAACGCUAGUUAUUGAGGCCGGUGUCUCCGAGUCAUUGAACGAACUCCAUGAAGAUAUGAGAUGGUGGUUUGCGGCUUCAGAUCAUCAGGUCAAGAUCGUACUCCUUACCAAGUUCGACCUAGCACGGAGCGCCAUUUUUCUGGAAAGAUGGGAGGAAGAAUCAUGCAUUGCUCGUCCUGGCCCAACGACGACGCGGUAUGCUACAGCUUCAUAUCCGGUAUUACGGCAGCGCAUCGUUAUCACACGAGACACUACCACCAACCCGGUAUCGUACCUUGUCACUAGCGGUGCAUUAAUACUCCCGUUCCGGCUUCUCUUCAUCCGUGAGCCAGGCUCGGGCGAAGGAGACUUUGUCAUUAGUAUUCCAGCCCUAGAGUCGUAUGCAAGAACGGCCUGGCUCCUUGUUUAA